AUGCAUGAUUCUAACUCUUCACCCACUAUUCCAGCCGCCGAGUUGACACCAGGCGGCUUUUCAACUUCAGGUUUUCAAAUACCAGACGAGAAUCCAGCUACUACCCUGACAGGCGAGCUUCUGUCGUCGGCUGUUGUCUCUGAUGCAAGCUCAUAUUCUAUGGAAUUCUUGCGAAGGACCCAAGGUAGACCUGCACCUGAACCUUCAUUUUCUAAAGUUUUCCUGGAACAUGUUAUAAAUUCCACUCUGAUGGCCACACGCGCUCAGAAUGACCCCCCUUCGCAGAAUAGUAUGGAUCUGCUCACCCCCGCGGCUCUUGUUGGUGAUUUGGACACUAGUCCGGUCUCACUUCCCACAGAGCCUGCUGCUCAACAUUUGGCAAGCAUAUAUUUUAGUCUCUCGAGCAUUGGCAUGCCCCUUUUGCACGAAUCUUCAUUUCAAGAAACACUUCAAUUUGUCUAUAGCAUGCCCCGCAUAGUAAAAUUGAAAGAAACACAUACUACCACAGAAAGCAGGAUUGCUGUGUUCUUCGUGCUUGAGGUUUUUGCAAUUGCCAUUCUUUCAAUACAUAAGCAAGAAUCACGCAUUCCAACCUGGCUGGCGGACCGAUAUCACCGUCUAGCAAUCCAUUCUCUCCAUGAAGCCGGUCUACCAGAUGGCCUGAAGGGAGUUCAAGCACUCCUUCUCCUAGGUCAGUACUCUUAUUAUCAUCCAACCAUUUGCUCUGCGUGGAGAGUUGUUGGCUCGGGUCUUCGUGUUGCAGUAGAGCUUGGACUACACCAGGAUGCUCUCCGUGACCAAGUGGACUUUUUCACUCUUGACAAUAUGAGGCGAGCAUUCUGGGUGGCAUAUGCAAUGGAUAGAAAUAUUUCAAUGAUGUUGUCAAUGCCAUUGUCUCUGUCAGAUGGUGCUAUCUCAGCGGAGGUACUUGCAAAAAAAAACCCUUCAAUAAAGGUCUCGAUGCUAAAGCCUCACAGUUUCCUAGUCAUAUAG